UAUUCCAAGAUGAAGUUCUUCGUUCUCGUGGCUAUCGCUUUUGCUCUGCUUGCUUGCGUGGCGCAGGCUCAGCCAGUUUCCGAUGUGGAUCCAAUUCCAGAGGAUCAUGUCCUGGUGCAUGAGGAUGCCCACCAGGAGGUGCUGCAGCAUAGCCGCCAGAAGCGAGCCACAUGCGACCUACUCUCCAAGUGGAACUGGAACCACACCGCCUGCGCCGGCCACUGCAUUGCCAAGGGGUUCAAAGGCGGCUACUGCAACGACAAGGCCGUCUGCGUUUGCCGCAAUUGAUUUCGUUUCGCUCUGUGUACACCAAAAAUUUUCGUUUUUUAAGUGUCACACAUAAAACAAAACGUUGAAAAAUUCUAUAUAUAAAUGGAUCCUUUUAAUCGACAGAUAUUU